GGAGAACUGUGUCGGCUUGAAAAUAAAGCUUGUGACAGCAGAUGAUGAGACAAUAGUGGGGUCCAUACAUUCCUAUAACCCAAAUAAUGGACUGUUAUCGCUUGUUCGUCAAUCCGAAAACUCAUCCAAAGAGAACUUUAUUGUUAUCAAAAACACGUUCAUCAAGAGUCUAACCUGCCUUUCCAAACCCAAGGAUGUAAAUACCAGCUCUAUAAACGAGAAGUUUGCAAAUAUGCCCCGGCCACCCCACCCUGUGCCUUUGAAUAUGCUGGGGCAUAAUUAUAAAGUUACCAACGCUCAUGUGGUGAAAAAGUACCAAUCACAAUAUGUGCUUAAUAAGACUUUGGCACACAGAAAGAUGACGCCAGAAGGGAAAGAGAUAUUCACGAGUUUAUUCAAUUUACUUCCCGAUGGUGACGUCUCGCUUGACAAAAACGACAACAUCAUCGUGUUUGACAACCACAUUGUAAUCUCCAAACCGUACGGCGCUGAAAACUGCAAAAUGGUUUCCGGAAAUGACGAACAGCAGCUUUCAUACAUCAAAAAGAUUAUCAAGGAUGCCUGGAUGCGCCUGGAAUCCGAAAGAAAGGGCGGUUGAAACGGGGAGGGAUAUAAAAUCUAUAUCUUAUUUCUUCAUGCCUAGCAUUCCAGCCAAGGCAACCUGGCGUUGAAUGGAAACAAUAUCUUCUGUAUUCUUAAAAGUAGCGGUAAAGUCAAUCUCCACGCUUCCCAGAAGCUUGACCCCCUUGUUCUUAGUUCCUUUGAAUCCAUCGAGUUCAGACCAAGGAAUUUUGAUAACACAAUGAGUGACCUGAGUUGGAUUUUUCUUCACCUGGGACUUUGGUCGCUCAAGAUAAUUGAAGGACUGUUUGGAGGCCAAAUAUUGGUACAUGUAUUCCAUAAUAACGUUGAUCCAGACUCGGCCCAACCCUUGUAAAAUCGAGUUUAGAUUGAAAUUGAAUUGGACCACCAUAUCCUCUUCACAAGAAACUGCACAGUAGUAUGUGAGUUCCAUAUUUACAACCUCCUGUGAGCAUGCUUUCACUCCGUUGAUGGUCACAAGCAUGUCUUUUGCGUUAUCAAGCAAUGAGCGACUAGGGUUAACUAUCCUGAUUUUAACAUCUAUUGCGCGGAAUUCACUUUUCAACAGCUGCCGAUAGAAUUGCUGUCUCUUCUUAUCCUGUAAGAAGAAUUCAAAAUAGUGCAUGUAACGAAUUUGAGACUGGAUGGUGAUACCUGUACGGAAAGCUCUCCUGCGUACUUGAAAUGCAGCGUUGGCUUCUCGAAAACAAAGUCCAAAUUUGAACAUCAGAUACGCCACAAUAAUGCUUCCUGUCCUUCCCUUGCCGUGCUUGCAGUGUACGACUACCACAUUGUUUGGGCUUUGCUGAAGGAAUUCCUCAAUUGUAACUAUAGUUUCCAGCAAGGAAAACAAGGGAAUAGGACUAUGGUCUUUGAAUGGUCUGUAUAAGAAUUGCCCUCCGAUAUCCGUCACUGAUGAAGGAUCAUACCCCAAUUUUUCUUGUCUCAGGUUCACGAUCAUCCAGUUGCCUCUCCCAUGGUUACGAUUUAACGCCUCUACCAGGUCAGCUAUGUGAUUCGCACAUACUUUGGCUUUGUU